UUUUUUCCAAGAUGGCGGUUAAACACAGUUUCCAUUGUCGAACAGAGAGGAUCUAACUAAGCCUCCUUGACAGUCCCCCCAUACAACAUAACCCCCCUCUAUCAUAUCAUGAGUUCACACAUCAUUGUGUUAUAGAUUAAGAUCACUCUAACCAUUACUCAUUCUUUUAGCCACUAGAGAAUUUAGGCUAUUGUUGUAAGGUGAGCAACAUGGCAUCCAGUUCGUCAACAAACCCUGGAACCAGCAUGGACGACGAAGUUGUGGAGGGGACAGGGAAAAGGCCAGUAUUAAUGAAGAGGUCCACAGCAGCUCAAUUCUUUUCCAAAGACGACGAUGCAGAACGACCAAAUGAACCCCCCUCUUCUACUUAUGACAUUGUUGUUGAACUUUUGAAUAAUGCGGCUGUGAUGCAAAAGAGUGUCGAUAAGAUUGCAAACCUUAAGAAGGUCAAAGAACUGAUUGUUCACAAUUCUCCAGAUCUCUUGGAUAAUUUCCUUGAUGAAAUGUUGGCCUUUCAGACAGAUGUUUCUAAAGAUGUAAAGAAAUUCAUAAUUGGAUUCAUGGAGGAAGCAUGUAAAAAAGACAACGAAUGCUUGCCCAAAGUUCUUCCAAGCAUUGUAAUGCUCCUUGCAGACGACGAUGUUAACGUUCAAAAGAAAAUUAUUCUAACAGCGAACAGCAUGUUCAAGUUGACUCUUUCAUGGAUCACCAAAGCAAAAAAGUCCCGUCCUGAAAUGACUGAAGUGUGGAAUCAUCUGAAAGAACUGAAAACGUUGCUUUAUGAAAUGCUAGAGUCUGUCAAUGAUGGGAUCCGAACUCAUGUUGUGAAAUUUUUGGAGGGGCUUACUCUUGUCUGCUCAAGAAGAACAGCUGAUUCUGAGAUCCCAAAGAAAAAUGAAGGUGAUAUAUCGCUGGAUCAAGUGUCACAAACAAAUGGGAUUGCCAUACCUCAGAAGCUGGAAGAGGACGGAAGAAAGGCAUUUAACUCCUUGUUGCAGUUUCAGAGCUCUCCACACAUAUCAAGUAUUAACCUGAUGACAGUAAUGAAUGCCUUGUCCAACAUUGCCAAACAGAGACCCGAUUUCUUUGAUCAAGUUGUCCAGAGCUAUGAGGCUCUUCAUGUGAACCUUCCUCCCACAUUAGCAAAGUCACAAGUGAGUAGUGUGAGAAAAAAUUUGAAGACACAGAUGAUGGGCUUGCUGAAGCACCCUGCGUCUGUUGACUUUUUGCAGCAGAUAUCAACUCUCUUGACAGACCUGGGAGCUAGCCAGUCAGAGAUUGCGAAGAAUAUGCCCAAAGACCUUGAGAGUCGUAAAAGAAAAGCAACCCAAGAGCCAAGUGCUUCUUAUGCCAGUAAAAAGCAUAAGUUGGAGUUGGAUGAGGACGAUGAUGGCAUGACUCCGUGGGUGGACCGCUCCAGUAAAAAGGCUAAACCUGAGCCUGCACAGAAGCAGACGGCCAUUGAUGUGACAGCGGAGGACAUAUUGCCUCGGUUGAAUCCCCAAAACGUUGCAGAUCUUGUGCUGCUCAGCAUGGUGAUGCUCCCGGAUGCCAUGCCCGCACAGUUCCAGUCCACGUACACCCCGAUCGCUGCAGCGGGCACAGAGACUCAGAUCAGCCACAUAGCCCGUCUCCUGGCCACACAGCUCACCAUGGCAGGGAUGGGCAAAGGUCUUGGGGAGCUGCAGUUACAGGCUAUGAAGCAAGAUGCAAAAGCGGUCAGCGCCACUGAUGAUCAGCCCACCUCUCCAAAGCAAACAAUUCAAACUGUUUUGGGUCUGAAGACAGAAGAACAAGAUGAGCCAGUAAUCAAAAAGCCUAAAAUGUCACAGCUUCCACUUCCCCCGUCUUCUAGGAAAAUGAAACAGUUUCAGCUCUCCAGUGUCACCAGGAAACUGGACCCACAGAUCUCAGAGACUCUUAGCUCCGAUGCAAUGAAGAGAAUAAUUGAGGCAGAAAGGGCUGCAUCAGUAGGUCACGUGGAGCAGCACCGGGUGAAGCUGUUGGCCUCUCUCACUUCUUUGUCCGGGGAAUCCCACAAGAACGCAUUACAAGAGCACAUCUUCAACGACAUCCGCGGCCGCCAGGACCUGGCAUUUGCCUGGCUGUACCAGGAGUACGCCAACCUGCACGGCUACAGCACCAGCGAGAGCCCGGUGACGACGCCCACGGCUGUGGGCCGCUACGACGAGUGUCUCACACGUCUGCUGGUGGGACUCAUGGAGCUGGACGAUCACCAUGGAGACAUAUUGUUCCACAAGUUGUUACUGGAGGCCCCAGCCAUCACAGACAACGCCAUCUCUGUGGUGAAGAAAUACUGUGCUGUGGCUAAAUGCACUGAGAAGGGCAUGAAAACUUUGAGUCAACUGAUUAACACCCGCCCUGCCAAGAGGGGAAAGUUCCUAGAUCUGCUUCUUGAAUUCUCCGGUGAUGAAAAGGUGGAGGUUCGCAACGUGGCUAUCGAGACGGCCCAGAGCCUCCACGCCAGCGGCAAGAUGCAGGAGGAGAUAGAGACCUAUGCCACUCAGCAACUGAAGAAACUUUUGCAGACAAAGCCGCCUGUUGUGAAGUCAGAAGCUCCGGUUGAAGCGUGGACAGAGGACAGCAUCAAGGCACAUUUGUACCUUCACCUCGGCCUUCUGCCGUCAAACCACAAACUCAUUCACGAGUUGGCAAACAUUUAUACGGCCACCUCAGCAGACAUCAAGCGCACGAUUCUCAGAGUGUUGGAAGUGCCGGUACGUGGGAUGGGCAUGGACUCACCCGAGCUGCUGACCUUGGUUGAGAACUGUCCCCGGGGCUCGGAGACCCUGGUCAUGAGGGUCAUUCACAUCCUCACUGACAAAGCUGUGCCAUCUCCAGAACUGGUGGAAAGGAUCCGAGAUCUUUACCACAAACGAGUGCCCGACGUGAGGUUCCUCAUCCCUGUGCUCAAUGGCCUCUCCAAGAGUGAGGUAAUGGAGGCUUUGCCCAAACUCAUCAAGUUGAAUCCCAUGGUAGUAAAGGAAGUGUUCAACCGACUGAUGGGAAGCCACGUGAGCAGUGACUCUGUGUACCACUCACCUUUGACCCCAGUGGAGCUCCUGGUGGCUCUGCACAACAUCGACUCCACCAAAUGUGACAUGAAGACCAUCAUCAAAGCGGCCAACCUGUGCUUCAGCGAGCGUAACAUCUACACGCAGGAAGUGCUGGCCAUCGUGAUGCAGCAGCUGAUGGAGCAGGAGCCGCUGCCCACUCUGCUCAUGCGCACGGUCAUCCAGUCGCUGUCCAUGUACCCGAGGCUCAUCGGCUUUGUGCUCAACAUCCUGCAGAGACUCAUCGUGAAGAAGGUGUGGAAACAGAAGAAGGUUUGGGAAGGGUUCAUUCGGUGCUGCCAGCGCGCCAAGCCGCAGUCGUUCCAGGUGCUGCUACAGCUGCCGGCCACCCAGCUCAAGGAAGUGUUUGAGGUGUGCCCGGACCUGAGGGAGCCCUUGCUGGCCCACGUGGAGUCCUUCACGGAGAACCAGAAAUCUCACAUCAACAAGGCUGUGAUGGCCGUCCUGGAGCAGGGUUCGGAGACACUGACUGAAGUGAAAGACGGGGAAAAGAACAUCACUGCGAGCAAUGGAAAUGACAGAGAAGAGGAGCCGGCCACUCAAAAAAGUCAAAAGAUUGACAGUGUGCCUAAUGAGCCUGUACAGAAAAUCUCCACCGUGACGGCCGCGAAGAAGACUGAGCUGGCUUCUGUUAAGAUAUCCGAUCUUGACAAGACAGGCGGUAUGAAGAUUUCAGUUCAAAGUGGGGAGAAAGAUGUGGAAUCAGCGAAGGAAGUCAGAAGUGAAGAGAGUGAGGCCAGUAAGGAAAGACGCAGAGAGAGAGGAGACAGUAAAGAGAGGAGGCGAGGAGACAGAGAAGGCAGCAGAGAGAAAAACAGGGAGAAGGAGAAGGAGGGCAGUACUGACAAGGACUCGAGAGACUCCUCAAAAAAGACCACGAGCAAGAGUUCCAGAAAAGACGACACUGAUGCCGAAGACUCCAAGACCAAAUCCUCGAGUUCGUCGUCUCGCUCGACAAAAACGACCAGCUCCUCUUCCUCCUCAUCGUCUCGUAGAUCAUCGUCGACUACUAGUAGAAAGAAAUAGUCAAUGUUGUGAAUUUGUACAUUUUAAUGUUGUGUGUUGUGCUGGGUUUUUUGUUUUUUUGUUUUGUUAAUUCAAAUUUUUGGUUAAACUUUUUUUUUUUUUUUGAAAUUCUUUCCCUUUUCUUCAUCCCCAUAUUGGGCCACUUUAAUUUUGGAAAAACAUUCUAAAAAGUGUUAUACUAUAAAUGGCCACAUUCAGCAUUUGACGAGUUAUGACCCUGUAUCAUACCAGAGUAAUUUUUCCCGAAUUAAAAAUAAUAAUAUGAGGAGGGACUAUCUUGACCAAGGGAUGGAAACUAAGGUCUUCCCUUCCUCCUUCCUCGUUUGAGAGUUGUCCGCUUAUAAAAUAAUAGCUCUGUUAUCGAAUGUUGUGUAAUUUUUUUGUUCUUCGUUGCUCUCUGUGCCAGUUACAUUCUGAUUUUGAAAUAAGUUUUGUGUACAUAGCAAUCACAAUAUAAUAGGUGUAUUUACUCAAAAAUAAGUUUUGUGAAUAGUCACUUCCCUUAUUUGUUAGUGAUCGUUCUAUGAUUGAUUAUGAUGACUUCUCUCCUGUUAAUGUCAUCUCAGUAUCUCAAAUAUUUUUUUUGCUUUAUUUGUGUAGAAAAUUUCAAUGAAGUUUUGGUUCUGAACUGCGUUUAUUCUUGUGAGUUGGUACGUACUGUCAAAGGUUGUCGAGAAGUGUACAGAAGUGUUUAGUGUGUGUGUUUGCGUGAGCCCGUGUGUAUAGGUGUGAGUGUUUGAAGGACCAGAUGCUAGUGCAAAUAAUAAAAUUGUUUGCUUAUGUUUCAA